GUGGAAAAAAGAACAUCUUGUUUGCAGCAAUUUUUCAAUACAGAGUUGGAGAAAGAUAUGAAGACAUCUCCUGCUUCUAACAUUAGCAAUGACAUCUUUGCAGAUUAUGCCAACCAGACAAAAACGACGGCAUUUUCCCAGCCUGGCUGGCAAAUAGCAAUUUGGGCUAUCACCUAUUUAUCCAUGGUAAUUGUUUCAGUUGUGGGCAAUGGCACUGUCAUUUGGAUUAUCUUGUCUCACCGACGGAUGAGGACCGUUACCAAUUAUUUCAUUGUCAAUUUGGCUCUCUCCGACCUACUCAUGACAGCUUUGAACACCGUUUUCAAUUUUAUUUAUGCUAGCCACAAUGUCUGGUAUUUUGGCAAAGGAUUCUGUCAAUUUAUUAACUUUCUUCCUAUUACUGCCAUGUUUGUGAGCAUUUACUCUAUGACGGCUGUUGCAGUGGAGAGGUACAUGGCUAUAAUUUACCCCUUCAAGCGAAAACUGUCUGCUGGGAACACUAAAGUGAUCAUAGGAAUCAUAUGGCUGGUGGCUUGUGGACUUGCCUUUCCCCAGUUCUUUUAUGCCCAAAUAAUCAUUGAUGAAGGAACACCCAAAUGUAUCAUUAUCUGGCCGGGUAACAGUGAACACAGAAGACUCACGUAUCACAUUUCAGUCAUCGUCUUGGUUUAUCUGCUGCCCCUCACAGUGAUGUUUAUUGCAUACCGUGAAAUCGGACUGACUCUGUGGAACAAUGCUGUGCCUGGAGAUCAUGCCAACAUUGUCUACUACCAUCAUCAGAUUAAUGCCAAAAAAAAGUUUGUCAGGACCAUGGUCGCUGUGGUGAUCACAUUUGCCAUCUGUUGGUUUCCUUAUCACUUCUACUUCAUCUUGGGAAGCAUCUGGAAAGAACUUAACGAGAAGAAAUACAUUCAACAAGUGUACUUGGCAGUAUUUUUCCUUGCCAUGAGCUCUGCAAUGUAUAGCCCGAUUAUAUAUUGCUGCCUUAAUCAAAGAUUCCGUUCUGGUUUCAGGGUGGCUUUUCAAUGUUGCCCAUGCAUCAAUGCAACAGAAAGAGAUAAACGUAACCUUACAUAUCCAUCACCUUUACACAAGAUCCAGAGAGACCAGACCUCCAACCUCCAAACAAGCACAGGAACACAGAUCACUAAUGACAAGAUAUCAUUCAGUAAUGUGCAUUUGGUAGUUUGAGUUUCCAAAUGGCUGCUUCUUAUCAUGUUUCAUCGUUGCAGAUUUUGUUAUAUUACUGAGAAAAAAAGCUGUCCAAUUUUGAGUGUUCAUUGUAGUAUGAGAUGCAUGCAAUACAAUUCAUCGAGAUAAA